UAGUACACAGGAGACAAUAAAGUAUACUCAUUUUGGACUAAAUUAAGAUGAUCCAAAAUAUGUAUCAUUCCAAUGAGUUAUGGUGGUAAAUAAAGUGGUUAGCUGUUGGAUUUUUGUAAUUGGACAUUACACCACUAACUGCAAUCUUGGGUCAAAGUCCUAGAUGCUUCUUAGCCAAGCAUUCAUGAAUAUUACCAUCAAUGAAGCUAGGCUUUCUUGUAGGUGCUGUACUUGGACUCAAAACUGUUAAAAAAAAUUCAGAUUUUUUAUGGCGGUCACAAAGUCCUAAUUCCGAAAGUCAAGCUUUUCUUUUGUCCCGUCUCAAAAUUAUAACCUUUGAAUUUGACUCCCAGAAAGUAAAAGCUCCACGUCUCCACACCACCAAUUUCCUUUUUGUGGGGGCAUCGAUGGAGGACUCGAUCUGCGAAACCAGUUUUUUCGAUCUGAGAAACCAAUUUCUGAGUUCCAAAUCAAAUGGAGGGGAAACUAUUCGAAGCUUCUCGAAAGGGUGACACAGCCACCUUGCUCAAGCUCAUUGAAGAAGAUCCACUUGUCCUUGAAGAUUCCAUCAAACAUGCCUCCAAGGAGACUCCACUUCACUUGGCAUCUUUACUUGGGCACACAGAUUUUGUAAAGCUAAUACUGAAUCAAAAUCCAAAAUUUGCCAAAAUUGUGAACCAGAAAGGCUACAGUCCUAUGCACUUGGCUUGUGCAAAUGGACAUGUUGAAGUAGUAGGAGAGUUGUUGAAGAUCGAUCUUGAAAGUGGCCACGAGCUUUGCAGGCUCAGAGACAAAAAUGGUAGAACCCCACUGCAUUUGGCAACCAUCAAAGGGAGAGUCUUAGUCAUUGGUGAACUGCUCAAGGAUUGCCCAGAGUCGGUGAGGGAGGUUACUAAACAGAAGGAGACCAUUCUUCAUCUGACAGUGAAGAAUGAAAAUGGGUUUGAAGCGCUGAAGAUUUUGGUUGAAGAGUUCAACAGCAAGGAGUUGUUGAAUUGGAAAGAUGAAGAAGGAAACACCAUUUUACACUUGGCUGCAGCCAUGAAGCAGCACAAGCUGAUGAAGUAUUUGCUAGGCCAAAGCUCAAUAGACCUGAAUGCAGUGAAUUCCGAGGGGCUCAGAGCCUUGGACAUUAUGCUAGCAGGUCCUAGGCAGUUCAUUGAUCAAGAAGUUGUGGAAAAGCUCUCUGUUGCGGCAAAGUUAGCAAAAAAUGGUGAUAAACCAUUGCCAAAAGACAAUGUCAUUGACAUGGGCACAACAGAGGUCCCAAUCAAAAAAGACUCUGUUGAAAGCUUGGCUACAACAAAUUCUAAUGACCAAGAUUUGCUCAAGGAAAUGAGAAAAGGAAUAAUGGUAAUGGCGGUUCUGAUUGCAACUGUUUCAUUUGAAGUUGCAAUAAACCCUCCAGGAGGAGUUUGGCAAGAUGGGGGUGUUGCUGUGUCCAAUAUCACCAAGGGGAUGUCUAGCCAGAGUCACAGCCCAGGAAACUCAAUUAUGGGAGAAGUAUUGCCUAAUAGCUUCACAUGGUUUCUGGUAUGGGACUCUAUAGCAUUCUUAGCAUCCAUGAGCAUUAUAGUGGCAUUGACAGCCCCAUCAAAACUGAUUAGCAUAUCGAUUCGUUGGGGUUAUGUUCGCUUGAUGAUGUGGGCAGUGAUUGCUUCAGUUCACAUGGUUUUCCUUUAUGGUGUACAUAUGACUAUAGAGUGGAAUGUUUACAAAAGAGCAGUGAUUCUACCAUUUGUCUUUUUUUAUGCAGUUGUAGGCUUAUUUGGUCUUAGUACUGGUUGGUCUUUGAUCAUUGAGUGGCGGGAUAUGGGUUAUGAGUAUUGGAUGAAGAAAAACAGAUAAACCAGCAUCUGCAGAAUUAUUUACCUCUCACAUACUAUUCUGAUGCUGGAUUAUUGUUGCUAAUAAUAUGUGAAAGUUUUUCAUUCUGUAAUGUUCACUCCAUUUAUUUAAGAUGUUAUUGCAGAAUUUUUACCUUUCACUAAAGGAAAUCAAUCUGAGGUAGUAGUUCAUUGUUAAUAGCAUGUGAAAUGCUGUGGUCGAAGCGCUUAUGGACAACAAUUAGGAUCCUAUGGCAAAAUAAUGGUGGAAUGUGUUAUUUAUUUAUUAAUUAAUUAUUAUUAUAAUUAUUUUGGUUAUACUUU